UAACUUUUCAUUUUUUUUUCCUUAAAUAGCGGUUUGUGGAUUCUCUGAAUGAUUGAAUCUUUGUAAAAAAAUUCUUACUUUUUGUCGUUUCAGCCUUUGGGUUGCUUGUUUCUCACCUUGUUUUAUCUGAUUUUUGGAGUAAAAACAUGUUUUUUUUUGUGUAAAUGGGAAAAUUUCUUAAUGUGUAAUCUUUUUUUGUAAUUAAUUGAAACUUUCACCGGAAAAAUGAGUUAUGUUGUUAGCCUAGGACGGGAUUUGGUUGCUUUGAUGGUUUCACGUCGGGAAUUUGUUUGUGUUGGUUAUUUUAAGGUUUGCUAUUUAUGUUAUUGGUUUUAUUGGUUUUUCUGUUUUGAAUCUGUCAUUGUUUGGAUUAUGUGUCAAGAUGGGUUUAUUCGUCUUGAUUCUGGUUGUUAAGAAAAUGGGUGUCUAUGUUCAAUGUACUUUGGAGUACUAUUAUGUAUUGGUUCUGGUUUUUGUUGUAUAUACAGUGUAUUACACUUUGUUAUGAUUACUAACAAAUUAUUACCCAAAAUUUAGGACGCGUUUGUUAAUAAUUUGUCUUGCCCUUUGUUAUGACUAAUAAAUAGUUGUUACAGAGGUGGAAAAGUAAAACACGUGAAUAACGCAGCCAGAAAAUUCAGCUCUUCUAGCCUUUAGUGCUAGAAGUUCAAGUAUCACCAAACAUUUUCUGAUUUUGAUUGCUUAAACAGCUCGUGUUUUGUGUGCUUUUCUACAAGCUUUGGUUUUGUUGAGGCAUCCCUAACCAGAGGCUGCUACUUGUUCGAAGAGGCUUCAGAGAGAGUUUUGUUGCAAGCACUCAACACAUUUGUGUAAAUGUCUGUGGCUUUUACCAACCUCUCUUGGUGGUUGUGGAGUGGAAAGCAUCAAGAGCCAAGGAUCCCAAAUGGGUCUUCUAUAAAUUCUUCUGCCGAUUCGAAUUUGUGGGAAUCGGAUGUUUUGAGGUUUCCUUUGGUUCAGGCAAAUGUAGGGUCCUCAUCAAGAAAGGUGAAGCGCAAAUGGCAUAGUAGGGAAGAGAGGAAGGUGGAUAGGGAAUAUGAUGUUGUUCUGGUUCCAUCUGAUGGUGGAUGUGUUUCUGGUUCUGAGUCUGAUGAUUCUGACUGGUCAAUUGGCUGGUUGGAGCCUCAUGGACCAGGAUUCCCAAGUGAUGAUGAAACAGAUAACAGUUUUGCUGUGCUGGUUCCCUGUUAUGGACAAGACUAUGGAAGAAUAGUGGAGGAUCCAAAAAGCAAUUUGCUGAGGGGUGUUGGCAACUUUCCAGAUAGUUAUUCAGAUGAGAGCAAAAAAUAUGUGGAAGACUGGCUCUCUUCUCUUAGAAAUACCUGAUGCACAAACAUCCAUCAUUGUGAUCCUUCAUCUUCCUGAGAAAUAUCCUCUAUUGUGGUCCUUAGCCAAUAAACAAUUGUAUAAUGUAAAUAUUGUAUAAAACAAGGCACUGAUGUGAAGUCAGAAUUUGAUUGGUUAACGUUGUUGAGUUUGGUUAUGAGGAGCAGAUAUGGUCAAGAGUGAAGCAGUUGUGAUGCUUUGGCACUGAGAAUAAUGUGCACCUGCUGAUCUGCUCUCUUCUUGCUUCGAGAGUCCAAACAUUGUGACUGAAUUGAGAACUGGGGAAAGAUUCAUAUCAUAUGGGUGAAUGCAUAUUCAAGUGUGACUUUGGAACUUGCAAUUCGUUGAUGUAAAUAUGGUAAUUGUUUUAAUGCUUGAUCAUGUACUCAAGUUUGUACAUAACUGUAUAUAAAUUUUGUACCACAUUGAUGUAAUAUAUACGUGUGUGUUUUGGAGUUUGCAUGGAUGUAUAGUUAAAUUAGCAGAGUUGUGUAGAUCCAUUAAUAAUGAAAAGGCUCUAGGGACCUGGCUACUCUAUAAGAUAAAAGCAUUUCCCUUGGGAUUA